AUGCUUGACGAAGAUAUUCAAUUACGUGCAUUUCAGCCUUUAAAGAUAUCCCCUGGUCUAUGGUCAAAAUUAGUUUUAUUACUAAAUUUUUUGUCUCAUGGACGAGAUAUUAUUAAAAGUGGUUUAAUUGCUUCAAAUUCAUCUAUUGAUUCAUUAUUAAUGAAAUUUAUUGAAACAAAAAUUUUUAUUUUUCCACCACCAAUGCUUGAUGAAGAUAUUCAGUUACAUGCAUUUCAAUCUUUAAAAGUUGAUCGAAAUCAUUUGAAAUUAAAUUUAAAUCAAUUACCAUUAUUAAAUAAACUUGAAUCAGUACGAAGAAAAAGUGCUUAA